UGCAAAGCAUUGCCAGCAAGUUGAGGGAGGUGAUCCUACCCCUCUGCUCAGCACUAGUGAGGCCACACCUGGAGUGCUGGGUCCAGUUCUUGGCUCCCCAGUACAAGAGAGAUGUGUAUGUACUUGAAAUAAUCCAACACAGAUCCACCAAGAUGAUCAAGAGCCUGAAGCACCUCUCCUCUGAGAGAGCUGGGACUUUUCAGCCUGGAGAAGAGGAGGCUCAGGGGGGAUCUUAAAAUGUCCAGAAACAACUGAAGGGAGGGUGAAAAGAAGAUGGAGCCAGGUUGUUUUCAGUGGUGCCCAGUGACAGGACAAGAGGCAACAGGCACAAACUGGAAGACAAGAGAAGCCAUCUGAAAAUCAGGAAGCAUUUUGUUAUUGUGAAGGAUGACCAAGCACUGGUACAGGUUUCCCACAGAGGUUGUGGAGCUCCCUUCUUUGGAGACCUUCAAAAGCUCUUUGGACAUGGUCCUGGGCAACCUGGUCUAGGUGGCCCUGCUUGAGUAGGUGGGGGUGGACCAGAUGACCUUCAGAGGUCCCUUCCAACCUCAACGAUUCUGAUUCUGUGAUACUGCCAGGUGCUGGACCACUCUCAAGCAUAUUAACUUGCAUCCUUCUUGCAGUGAUCAAACAGCCCGCAGACACCAUAAUUCUCUGGGCAAAUCCAGAAUUAGCAUUACCAUAUUCUCUUAUUUUCCCUACAAAAAUCAGGAAAUGCAUCCCAAGCUAUCAAUUUCCUUUUAAAAAUGAGGAACCCCUCCAUAAAUAAGGACUUCAUUUGCAAAAAUCCCUUCUUUAAUCUACUUUUGAAAUGUCACAAAUACUCCUUCCCCACAUUCAUCUAUUCCUAUCUUUGUGAAAUAUAGAAGUGCUUGCCAACCUGUUGGAAAGAAAACCCAAGUAUAUGGACCAGAAAUGCUUGAGUAGAUACUGGCAUCUAAUUCUCAAGGACGAUCAUGGCUUAAGACAUGGCUUAAGACAUUUUCCUUCAGCAUAUACUAGUAGGUAGCUGAGACUGUUUCCCUCUUUAUAUAGUGGCCACUAAAAAUCACAUUUUUAUAAGCCGAAGUGCCCUUAUGUGUCUGCUAAAUUAACUCCAAUACGUAACAAAGAGCAUCACAGUCAGGCUUCACAACCAAGCCAGGAACUGAAAAGGCUCUGAGAAUCUCGCUACUGAACCUUCUCUUGUGACUUCGCGGUAUUUCAUCACCAUGGACACACACAGCUUACUAACACCACCAUUGCUCAGAGAUCACAAUUUAGCUAUCUGCAAAUGCUGUCUAGUAAGCCAGAAUCAGCAAGCCAGAAGGAGCUACCUGGAAACUCUCUGAAUACCCCAAAAGCAGGAAAGUUUGCCAGAAUUUGAUACCCCACUGUGGAAUAUGGCAUACGUGACAAAGCAGAUUAAACAAGACACCACUGGUGCUGGGAAAAAUAAGCAAGGAGUAAGAACCAAGAAUGGAGAUAUAUCCAAAGGAAUAAGUGAUAUGGAGACACUUGUCAAAGAGAGGAAGUCAUACCUGCAGAAGGAAUACAAAAUUCUUACUGAACAUAUGAACACAUACAUGGGAAAAGUGGAGUAUUUCCUGCGGGAGAAUAAAUUCCUAGAAGAGGAAGCCCAACGGAAUCGGGAAGAGAGUAACAUUUACCUCUCCUACAUAACAAAACACAGCCAGAAGUGCCAGAAUCUAAUAAUAACACUAAAUGACCAGAACCAAAUUGAUUUGUCUCAGGUCUGGAAGCAGAAAGAGAAGCUAAUCUCGCAGUAUACAGAAAAAGAAAAGGAGGUAAAAACCUAUCUGAUGAAUAUGGAGACAAAGUAUUCUCUUAUGAACAAGGAAGUUGAAGACUUGCAGCCUUUCAAAGAUCUGCAGUUAGAACAGAUGAAAAAGAUUAAAGAGCUGGAGAAGGAAUUGUUGGUCACAAAGAUCCAGCAUUCAGAACAAAUGCACAAAAUCAAGAGCAGAUUUUUGCAGGCCAAGACUGACUGUGAGGUGAACUCUCAUCAGAAGAUCCAGGUUCUCACCAAGAGAGCAGAAGCAGCAGCAAUACAAUCUCUAAUUCAGCAUAUCAAACAAGUAAAAGCUGAGAAUCGGCAACUGCGCCAGGAGUUGCUCAGACUCAUCCAAUGCUCAAAAGUCCUUAAAGAAAUCAGAGUUCAGCUGAGAGAGCAGCAGCAGCAGCUUCUUCGGGAGAACCAAUACACUCAGGAUAUGGCAUGUGUGCGUCACAGGUUAAAUCAGCAUGAGGCACACAAUGCAAACUGGAAAACCUACAGCCCUGACAGCCCCUUCGGAUGUGGCCAUUAGCCUAAAGAAAAAUUUCUCUAUUCUUCACUCAUGACACUGUAUCACUAAACCUAGCUGGACCAUCAACUGUUACUACAACUAGUUAAGUAACAGAGUACAUAAGUAACAUACAUAAGUAACCUGAAGAGCUGACAUGUUCUGUGGGUUGAUGAAAGGAUUCAUUUCCAUAGCUCAUGGUCAGCAUGCAAUCUAGAUGAGAUCUUGAAAGCAACCUCACCUUUAACUUCCAUGACAUUUAUACCAAGACAACUGGAACUGCACUCCUUUAAUUCCCCAAAAUAAACAAUGACAUUUCCUCUUUGA